CCUGCAUAGCAGAGAAGUCUUUUCUGAGCCACCAGCUGUCCAUGGACUACGUGCCCUUCUCUUGCAUCAACUGCCCUGCAGAGGAACAGUUCCCUUGCUGGGUGUCCUCCCUGCAUCUGUAAAAUGUCCACAGCUGAAUAACUUGAGGAGCUCGGGGGGCCAGAGCAGAGCUUGGCCAUCAGCCAGGUUCCCAGGACUCCUAGGAUGAGGCUGCUGUGAAGGACUGGUGGAUCCCCUGCCCGUGCUGUGGUGCCUGCAGAUUGCCCGCGAUCCCCUUUCCAGCUGGAGCACCGUCACCAAGGCUGCUGGGAAGCAUGACUGUUGGAUGCCUACUGCAAGCCCCUGUCCUGGGGAGGACUUGGCUCCCUGUGCUGCUGCUGGCAGCCUCUGCUCACUGCCACUGGCCCAGCGAGCCGGCAGAGGUGGUUCGGGACUGGGAGAACCAGCUGGAGGCCUCCAUGCACUCGGCGCUGUCGGAGCUGCGCGAGGCGGCGCCGGCCGUGGUGGGCAUCCCCGACAGCUCCGCCGUGGUGGGACGCUACUUCAGAGUCUCCAUCCCCACGGAGUUAAUUGCUUCCAAUGGAGAGGUUGUCCAGAUCUCGGAAGCUGGGAAGGACUCCUUGCCUUCUUGGUUGCACUGGAAUGCAGAGAGCAGCUCCCUGGAAGGGCUGCCCCUUGACACAGACAAGGGUGUCCACUACAUCUCAGUGACCACUCUGCAGCCCUUCCCCAAUGGGAGCUAUGUGCCACAGACCACGAACGUCUUCUCCGUGGAGGUCCACCAGGAGGACCACAACGAGCCUCAGUCGGUGCGAGCGGCCGUGCAGGACACGAGCGACACGGCGCCCUUUGUGUGCGGCUCGGAAGAGCCAGUCACCAUCCUGACUGUCAUUCUGGAUGCCGACUUAACAAAAAUGACACCAAAGCAGAGGAUUGAACUCUUAAACAGAAUGAGAAGCUUUUCAGAGGUGGAACUUCACAACAUGAAGUUGGUUCCUGUUGUAAAUAACAGACUCUUUGACAUGUCGGCCUUCAUGGCUGGACCAGGAAAUGCAAAGAAGGUGGUGGAAAACGGGGCCUUACUCUCAUGGAAACUGGGAUGUUCCCUGAGCCAAAACAGCGUCCCCAACAUCAGCAAGGUGGAGGCUCCAGCUAAGGAAGGAACCAUGUCUGCCCGCCUUGGCUACCCUGUUGUUGGCUGGCACAUUGCUAACAAGAAACCUCACCUCCCAAAGAGGAUGCGGCGGCAGAUCAACGCCACCCCCACGCCUCUGACUGCCAUCGGGCCGCCCACCACUGCCGCACAAGAGCCACCCACCAGGAUUGUCCCCACGCCGACGUCGCCCGCCAUCGCGCCUCCCACAGAGACAACGGCACCCCCUGUCCGGGAGCCCAUCCCGCUGCCGAGGAAGCCGACGGUCACCAUCAGAACCAGAGGCCCCAUUGUCCAGACGCCCACUCUGGGGCCAAUCCAGCCAACCAGGGUGGCAGAAGGCACGGGCACUGCCACCGUGCCGAUUCGCCCCACCAUGCCUGGGUACGUAGAGCCCACAGCAGUGAUCACACCGCCCUCAACGACCACCAAGAAGCCGAGAGUCUCCACCCUGAAGCCAGCCACCCCGUCCACGACAGAUUCCUCCACGGCAGUAACACGAAGGCCCACUCGCAGGCCCAAAACGCCCCGUCCAACAAAGCCCCCCAGCACAACCAGAUCGCCCAUCUCCAAGCUGACAACGGCCUCUCCGCCGUCCCGCGUGCGCACCACCGCCAGCGGGCUGCCCCGGCCCUGGGAGCCCAACGAGCCGCCCAAGCUCACUAACCACAUCGACAGGGUCGAUGCGUGGGAGGGCACCUACUUCGAGGUUAAGAUACCGUCAGAUACCUUCUACGACAAGGAGGACACCACCACUGACAAGCUGCAGCUGACCUUGAAGCUGAAGGAGCAGCAGAUGAUCGAGGAGAAUUCAUGGGUACAGUUCAACAGCACCAGCCAGCUCAUGUAUGGCAUGCCAGACCACAACCACAUUGGGAAGCACGAGUACUUCAUGUAUGCCACCGACAAGGGCGGGCUUUUUGCCGUGGAUGCCUUUGAAAUCCAUGUCCACAAGCGCCCACAUGGGGACAAGGCUCCGGUGAAGUUCAAGGCCAGGCUGGAAGGGGACCAUAAUGCAGUGGUGAAUGACAUCCAUAAGAAGAUCAUGCUGGUGAAGAAGCUGGCUCUGGCAUUCGGCGACAGGAACAGCAGCACAAUCACAGUGCAGGACAUCGCCAAAGGCUCCAUCGUAGUGGAGUGGACCAACAACACACUGCCCCUGGAGCCUUGCCCUCGGGAGCAGAUCCGGACUUUGAGCAAAAAAAUUGCGGACGACUCCGGCAGGCCGAGCCCAGCUUUCUCCAAUGUCCUGCAGCCCGAGUUCAAGCCUCUGAAUGUGUCUGUGGUUGGUUCCGGCAGCUGCAGGCACAUCCAGUUUGUCCCCGUGACCAAGGACGGCAGGGUGAUCUCAGAGGCCACGCCAACGGUGGCAGCAGGCAAAGACCCCGAGAAGAGCAGCGAGGACGAUGUGUACCUGCACACCGUCAUCCCUGCCGUGGUGGUGGCCGCCAUCCUGCUCGUGGCCGGCAUCAUCGCCAUGAUCUGCUACCGCAAGAAGAGGAAAGGCAAGCUGACCAUCGAAGACCAGGCCACCUUCAUUAAGAAAGGCGUGCCCAUCAUCUUCGCCGACGAGCUGGACGACUCCAAGCCCCCACCGUCCUCCAGCAUGCCCCUCAUCCUCCAGGAGGAGAAAGCCCCACUGCCCCCUCCAGAGUACCCCAACCAGAGCAUGCCGGAGACCACGCCGCUGAACCAGGACACCAUCGGGGAGUACACUCCGCUGCGGGACGAGGACCCCAACGCGCCGCCCUACCAGCCUCCCCCCCCCUUCACCGCCCCCAUGGAGGGGAAAGGCUCCCGCCCGAAGAACAUGACCCCGUACAGGUCCCCACCGCCCUACGUGCCCCCUUAACAAUCAGGAGGCUCUCGGGGGAGAAGGGGCCUCCAGCUCCACACCGGUGCUGUCUGUGGGCCGGCAGCCCCCUCGCCAGCCGGGAACACGAAAGCCCAGCCCGCUCCCCAGCAGGCUCUCCCCGGCUGCGCCCGCCGCACCGCAGCGCUCGCGGGACUCGGGGGGACACUUGUUUUAUUUUUGCCUAACAAGCUUUGGUUUUAUUUUAUUCAUAGAAAAAAAAAAAAAAUUCUCGGCUCCAAGACGCCUUCCCGGCGGCUGGGCUUCGGCCGGGGCCGGGCGGUGGGCAGGGAGGGGGGUCGGGACGGGUCGGGCCGGGCCGGGUCGGGAGGAGCAGGCAGCACUGGGGUAGCACUCUGGGUCUCCGCUGUUUGCCUUUAACACUAACUGUACUGUUUUUUCUAUUCACGUGUGUCUAGCUACAGGACGUAACAUGAAAGGUAGCCUAAAAAUAAUUAAAUUCAAGGGACUUUCUGAA